AAUUCUAAAAUCAAUUGCUUCAUUUUCUUCUAAAUUUUACUUAUUUUAAUUUGACCACAUAUUUUUUAUAUUGUAAGUGUGUAAUUUUACUCCAGAUGUAUGCUAAUUGGAGUUAUAAGUAAACUUUAAAACAAUUGUUUAUUUCUAUAGCUUACAAGCAAUGUUAUGAUCGACACGAAAAUCAUUCUUUGAUUUUAUAAGGACUAUCAACUUUAAACAUCGACUUCAAAUAAUGUCAUGAAAUCUGUAACUGGAAAAAUUUCCUUAGAAAUAUAAAUGCAAGUCUUUAUUUACCCAAUGAUUAACUGGUAUAAAAUUCAAUUAUUAAUUAACCACUAUACAUUAGAUUGUGAAGUUUUCUAUAGAUUAAAUUUUGAAAAGUAAUUAGAUGGUUGUAUAUAAAUUUUCUCAUAUAAUUUGAAAUUGAAUUUAAUGUCGAUUGAGUAAUUUUUUUUUUAAUCAAGAGGCGGAAUUCAUAAUCAAUGGUCGAUCACUGGGUAUAACAUUAUAUUAACGGAUCUUGCUAAUAAGAUCUUCAAAAUGAAAAUGAUAAAAAAAUCUUGUACAACUCAUCAAUUUAAAUAUUGUUUAAUUACUUAAUUGAGCACAAAAAUAUUGUUGCAUCUUGGUGCAAUGGAACCAGAAAGCUACAAUUAUACAAAAUGAAAUCGAACUAUGCAAGCUUGAUCUUAGUAAACCAUAACAUGUAAACCACAUAUGAGAUAAAAAUAUAUUUCUUCACGAAAAAGAAUUGUCUUAAAUUAUUUAUCUAUUAGAAAAUCGUUACAAUAUUAAAAGUCCAUGUACAUUAUCCAUCAUACUUAUCAUCAUUCGGAGAUUUCCAUCUUUUGGAAUAUGGAAUUCCAUGUCAGUAAUUAUUGAAACUAUUGAGAACACAUUUAAAUUACAGAGAAUUUUCAGUGACGAAAGGAAAGAGGAAAAACAUUAUUAUCCCAUCUAUAAUUACGGGCGAAAUUAUCCACUCAAAAAUAUGUCAGUUUGCAAUCAACUACAAUGAACUAACAAGUUAUUCUGAAGGAAUCUCUUGUUAUCGAGAACUCAGUAACGUUGAAUAAACAGUAGUCUUGAAAAGAUACCUCAAAAAGCAACUACUUGUUGGAAAAUAGAAUUCAUUCGAUUUAUUUAUAUUAAAAAAAAAAGAAGUAAAAAUGGGUCAAGCAGAAAGUAUGACGUAAGACGCAAUUUGUAUUCAUUCAUAUUAUUUUUUAAUUACAAUACAAAUCGCAGUAAAUUUGAGAGUUCAUUAAAAAAUGUUGGGUUUUAACAUAUUUUUAACACAUUAAAUAUCAAUUUAGUCAUGAAAAUAAGAGUAAUAAAUUAGAAAUAUAAUUUUUUUAGUUAUAAGAAAACUUAUUUCCGAAAUUUAUUAACAAAAUGUUUUUUUAUACAUAUUUCUAUAAUUACAUAAGAGUAUAUGAUACAAUAAUGAUACACAAGAGUAUAUGAUGAAAAAUACAGAUUUAUUAAUUCCUCACAAAUUAAAGUAUUAAAAGAUAUAAUUUUCUUUAUUGUGAUGCAAAUUUACCUUGCUCAUUUUAUGUAACCAUGCCCAACAACAGGUCACUAUUUUAUUGAAAAUGAACGCUGCACUAUGUAUCAAUUAUUUUUGUAACGUUUACAGCGAAGUUUCAAGUGUCUAUAACGAAUCAAACUCAGUUCAAUUUACCAUCAACGACAUUUCUUACGAAGUGCCCAAAUUUUUACCAGUAGAUACAAAACUCAAUAGUUUUAUUCGCGAUGUUGCCGAACUUAAAGGUACCAAAGCUAUGUGUCUCGAAGGUGGAUGCGGAUCUUGUAUUGUUACUGUAUCAAUAAAAAAUUCUAAUAUCAUCUCAGUGAAUUCGUGUCUAAUUCCAGUAAUAAUGUGCGAUGGAUGGAAAAUAACAACAAUAGAGGGUUUAGGAGGUAAAAAAACUGGGUACCAUACUUUACAAGCUACUUUAGCCGAAAUGAAUGGAUCACAAUGCGGUUUCUGCUCGGCUGGUUGGGUCAUGAAUAUGUACAGUUUAAUGCAGAAUGGAAAAAUAACAAUGAAAGAGGUGGAGAAUUCAUUCGCUGGUAAUAUUUGUAGAUGUACUGGCUACAGGCCAAUUUUAGAUGCAUUUAAAAGUUUCGCCUCCGAUGCACCUCCCCAAGCAUCGAGACAAAUCCAGGAUAUCGAAGAUAUGUACAAAGUACAUUCUUGUGGUAGUUGUUCUAAAAAACUGUGCAAAGGUAACUGUAAAAAUAUAGAGAUCGUUCAUAAAUCUAGCUUCGCAAGAACAUUGAAACUCACUUUAAACGAGUCAAGAGUUUUUCACAAAGUCCUCGAGGUCAAUGAAAUAUUUAAUAUUUUUGAAGAACAUCCUAAUGCGUCGUACAUAAUAAACGGUGGUAACACGGCACAUGGUGUUUAUCGAACUAAAAAAGUCGAAGUUUAUAUUGAUAUUAAUGAUGUUCAAGAUUUACAUAAAAUUGUAAAAGAAGACAAGGUCUUAACUUUAGGAGCAAAUGUUACAAUUUCCGUGGCCAAAUCCACGUUCGAGAAAUUCAUGUCUGAAAAAGGUUUUUCGUAUUUGAAGCAAAUGUCUGAACACAUUGAUUUAGUGGCAACUGUACCAAUAAGAAACAUUGGUACUAUAGCUGGAAAUUUAAUAAUUAAAUCCCAGCACCCAGAAUUUCCUUCAGAUUUAUUUUUAAUUUUCGAAACUGCUGGAGCUAAAGUCCAUGUGUUAAAUACACCUGCAUCAAAAACCAUAAUGAGUUUAAUGGAUUUUUUGCCACUGGAAAUGAAAAAAAAACUUAUUUACAGCAUAGAAUUUCCAGCUAUGAGUGACGAAUAUUGUUAUAAAACUUAUAAGAUCAUGCCGAGAGCUCAAAAUUCUCAUGCAAUCAUUAAUGCAGGAUUUUUAUUCAAAUUAGACAAAACUGGAAAAAUUUUGGAAAAACCGAACAUGAUAUUCGGUGGAGUAAACCCUGACUUUUUGCACGCCUUAAAAACUGAAACAUUCCUGGUUGGAAAAGAUUUGUUCAACAACGGUGAUUUGAAAGAAGCUUUAAAAAUUCUGUAUUCCGAAUUGGAACCAGACCAUGUGCUUCCAGAUCCGAAACCAGAGUAUCGUAAACUUUUAGCAACUUGUUUAUUUUAUAAAUUUGUAUUGAACUCAAGUCCCAAAGUGAGCUCGAGAUUUCAAAGUGGCAGCACAAUGCUGUCCCGUGAAUUGUCGUCUGGAAAACAAGAGUUCGACACCGAUCGUAAUACCUGGCCCCUAAACGAGCCAAUAACCAAAGUCGAAGCUAUACAUCAGACUUCAGGCGAAGCAGAGUACUUGAACGAUAUUGCAAUAAAACAUGACGAAGUAUUUUGCGCUUUUACUCUUGCCGACUCCCUGGGAGAAAUUGAAAUUAUCGAUAGCGAUGAAGCAAUGAAUAUAGAUGGGGUUGUUGCGUUUUAUUGCGCUAAAGAUAUUCCCGGAAAGAAUGCUUUUUUGAUAGGUCAAAAUCAGUACACAGUUAUUUUCGAAGAUGAAGUGGUUUUUGCGGAAAAAGAAGUCGUUUAUGUAGGUCAACCUUACGGAUUAAUAGUCGCUGAAACUCAAGCCAUAGCUCUUCACGCAGCUAGUUUGGUGAAGAUCGUGUACUCGAGUGGUCCGAAGCGAAAACCGAUUUUAACCGUUCGUGACGUAUUGGAUAGAAACGACCAAACACGAAUCAAUCGUAUUAGGCAAAUUCCUGCUAAGAAACCUGCCGGUGAUAACAUAAAAUACGAAAUAAAAGGAUCAUACGAAUGCGGAUCACAGUAUCACUUUUCAAUGGAGACUCAAACUUGCGUGUGUGUACCAGUAGAAGAUGGUAUGGAUAUAUAUUCGUCGACACAAUGGAUGGAUCUGGUACAGUCGAGUGUUGCUAAAGUGUUAAACGUACCGAUGAAUAGUUUGAACCUUCGGACUCGACGUUUGGGCGGUUCUUACGGUGCGAAAAUCAGCAGAGCUGCCAUGACCGCCUGUGCUUGCGCGUUGGCUUGCCACAAGCUAAACCGGCCCGCUCGUUUAGUCAUGACCAUAGAAGACAACAUGCGAGCUGUCGGCAAGCGUACGCCCUGCCUCAUGAAUUACGAUCUCGCCGUCGACGAGAACGGAAAGAUUCAGCAAAUGGAUCUGACGUAUUACGGCAAUCAAGGCUCGUCUUUCAACGAGACCUACGCGAUUUUUUUGACGGGUCAUGUCUAUAAUUGCUAUGAUCCGUCCACCUGGACGUGGACCAUGAACGACGUCAAGACCGAUUUGGCGUCCAACACUUGGUGUCGAGCUCCUGGAUCCACCGAGGGCACCGCGACGAUCGAGCACAUAAUGGAGAGAAUAGCCAGGGUCACGAAAAAAGAUCCACUGGAAGUUAGGAUGGCAAACAUGAACGAGGACGAUAAGGCUUCGUUGAUACCGAUGAUCGAGGAGCUUAAGAAAACCUCGAAUUACGACGAGCGCCUGUUCAACGUCAAUAAAUAUAACACAGAUAAUCGAUGGAAAAAGAAAGGAAUAUCUUUAGUCCCGAUGAAGUUUCCGUUGCUCGUUUUUGGCCUGCAGCAUGCUUUAGUCUCCAUUUACGCGAGAGAUGGGACUGUUUCAGUAUCAACGGCUGGCAUCGAAAUGGGUCAAGGUCUACACACAAAGCUUGCACAAAUAGCAGCUUAUACUUUGGGAAUCGAUAUGAAAAUGGUCAGUGUAAAACCGAGCAUCAAUUGGACCUCUCCAAACAGCUAUCUAACCGGCAGCAGCAUCACAAGUGAUACUGCUGGAUACGCAACCUUAAGAGCCUGUAAAAUUUUAUUGGAGAGAUUAAAACCUAUCAAGGAUAUGCUCGGUGGCAACCCGUCAUGGCAAGAAUUGGUAAUGACGGCUCACCAUAAAAGUGUCGAUAUGUGUGCUUCUUUUAUGUUUAACGGUAAUCAAGAUGAAGUGAAAACUUAUCCAGUAUACGGAGUGGCAGUAUCAGAAGUUGAAAUAGACGUGCUUACUGGACAGCAUCUCAUACACCGAGUCGAUAUUUUGGCAGAUUCAGGCACAAGUUUGAAUCCCAAGGUUGACAUCGGUCAAGUAGAAGGUGGAUUUGUGAUGGGCAUAGGAUAUUGGACCAGCGAAGAACUGAUAUAUGAUCCAAACACAGGCGCCUUGACUAAUUACAGGACAUGGAACUACAAAGUUCCUGGAGCCAAAGAUAUACCAGUAGAUUUUCGAGUUUCGUUGCGUCGCAAUGCGCCGAAUCCCUUGGGCGUUUUGGGAUCCAAAACUACCGGAGAACCUCCAAUGUGUUUGAGUUGCUCUAUACCAAUUGCCAUACGUCAAGCAAUAAAUUCAGCUCGAUUGGAUGCUGGCAACACUGAUAUUUGGUAUCAACUUGAUAAUGGAUUAACCACUGAAAAAAUAUUUAUGAGUUGUAUGACAAAUGUUCAACAUUUAGAAUUAUAAGAAUGAUUAUUAUUAUAAGUAAAUAAAUAAAUUACUUAUUUCAAAUGA